AAGGAGAGAAGAUAAGCUGUCGGAGCAAUCUGUCUCAGCUGCUCAGAGCUGUCGCUCCUCUAGACUGGGAUCCUGUCAUGCUGUCACACGAAAAAGCGGCAGUGCUGUUGCUUUUGCUAAGUUCUUGUGGUCCAGUUUAUCCAGGAAAAAUCACUGGAGGCCACGUGGUUGUGCCACACAGCAGGCCGUACAUGGUGCUGGUGGAGAGAACCAUGCCGAAUGGAGAUAUAAUCAACUGUGGGGGAUUCCUUUUGAAUGAGGACUUUGUAAUGACAGCUGCCCAUUGUAAAGCCAAGGAAUACUUAAUUUAUCUUGGGCUUCACGAUGUGGAUAAUAAGGACAAUGCGGAGCGCAUUACUGUGGAGCAAGCAUUUCCUCAUUCGCAUUUCAACAGUAACACAUAUAUCAAUGAUAUCAUGCUACUUAAGCUGAGCUCCAAGGCAAACUUUAGCAGUAAUGUGAAACCCAUUAAUUUGGCAAGCAACGAUGCUGAGGCUCUGCCAAAGUCAUGUAGUGUCUCCGGCUGGGGUAAAACAGAGGACAAUGGCUACCUUUCCCCAUUACUCAUGGAAAUCAAUAUAACAUUGAUUAAAAAUGAAACCUGCAAAAAGGAAAACUCAUACUGCUCACAGGGAAAGAAUGGACCAAAUGAAGGAGACUCUGGCGGUCCGUUGGUUUGUGAACCAGGACUAGCUUAUGGAGUGGUGUCGACUAUGUUGAAGCCACACGCAAAUGAGCCCCGUCUGUAUAGAUAUGCCCGAAUACCUGACUACAAAGGCUGGAUCAUCUCCACUGUAAAAGCAGCUAAAGCAAAAUAAUCAUAUACAUGCUACGGGGUUUCAUUGGGCCUUCACAUUUAUCUGCCAAAUAACUGAGUGGUAUUUAGGCCAAAAUACUUGGCCUAACAACAAGUGAUACAAUUUACUUGUUUAUAUUUCUGUUCUUCAUCAUGAGCAAAAAUCAGUGAAAAUAAAUAUACACUAUGUUGUUUGUUUUGUAUGCUUUUGUUUUCACAGUGAACUAAAACUAAAACACAAUACUGCUUCAUUUGAAGAUUCAAAAGUUAUUAAUAAACUUACCACACUUCCGGAAAUUAGAUUUAUGACCAAAAAAAAAAAAAAUCUAAAUUAUUGACCAUUAAGUUGAAUCUAUCCUUGCUGUCUUUUAGGCCUGUUCUAUACUGAUUAGCAAGAGUAAGAAUUAUGUGUUAUAAACAAACCUACAACCAGUUCAAUUCUGAUUAUCUUAUGAAUAGAUUGGGAUCAUUAUUAAUAUCGUUCUGGUUACUG